AUGUCUCGCACCGGAUCAGGUGGUCGUUCAUUUCUGGACGAGCUAUUGGCCGAUGAUUUGGAUAAACCGAACACUACUUCCAAACGAAAAUCCGUUCGGUUUAUGGAUAGCGAUGAGGAGAAUAGCGAUAUAUUUGCCACAAACUUGAUGUCAUCUGCAGCUAAUCGUCAGACAUCAGCCAAAGAUAGACAAAGAAUUAUUGAUCCUCUGGAACGGCCUAAAAGUGAUGCCUUGAGUGGUAAACAAAAGAAUAGCACCAAAUCUGAUUGGCUUGGAUUAGAUAAUGAUGACGAACCCAACCGACCAAAUGCACAGACAUAUCAGGAAAUAAUACAAAAACCAGCGAUCGAUCAAAAGGAUGAUUGGCUCAACACAGGCCUAAGUGCCAGAAAAAAUAGAUCAACGACUGAGUCGUCAAAAUCAGCGACAGAUCCCAUCGAAAGAAAUGAUGACAACUCGUGGACGACAAUCAGAAAAAGAGCCGAAGAAUCAAAAGUUAAAAUUCAAGACCAAAAAGAGGAUAAAAGACAACAAAAUGAUAAUAAAAUAGCUGUGAAUACAGUGACACCGAAAGUGUCACCAGACUUGACACCAACUGCAUCAAGCGAUAAAAUGCAGAAUUUGGCAAAUAUUGAGGCAUUGGAUGAGACGUUGGAUACAAGCAUUAGUUGUGUGAACACGUCCUCAGUUAUGCUCCUUAAGACUCAAGUUCUCUUCAUGGCGUAA